CGCGUUGUUGAGCGGUGGGUGAGAAGCGCGAGCGGGUGGCUGCCUGAGGGGGUCUGGAGAGGCGAAGGGGAAAGGCAAGCAGGCCGGCUGGCGAGGAGGCGGAGGAAACGGUUGUUUCGGCUUUCGGCUCUCCGCCGCCAUGAGUUCGAUCGGCACCGGGUAUGACUUGUCGGCAUCUACAUUUUCUCCAGAUGGCAGAGUAUUUCAAGUAGAAUAUGCUAUGAAAGCUGUGGAGAAUAGCAGUACAGCAAUUGGGAUACGGUGUAAAGAUGGUGUAGUCUUCGGAGUCGAAAAAUUAGUUCUGUCCAAACUGUACGAAGAAGGAUCCAAUAAACGGCUCUUUAAUGUCGAUCGACAUGUUGGAAUGGCAGUCGCAGGACUCCUGGCUGAUGCCCGUUCUUUGGCUGACAUAGCGAGGGAAGAAGCUUCUAACUUCAGAUCCAACUAUGGUUAUAAUAUUCCAUUGAAACAUCUUGCAGACAGAGUGGCUAUGUAUGUCCACGCCUAUACUCUGUACAGUGCUGUCAGACCUUUUGGUUGCAGCUUUAUGUUGGGUUCCUAUGAUGGUGAUGAUGAAGGUGCUCAGCUAUACAUGAUAGACCCAUCAGGCGUUUCAUACGGUUAUUGGGGAUGUGCCAUUGGGAAAGCAAGACAAGCUGCAAAGACAGAGAUUGAAAAGCUCCAGAUGAAAGAUAUGACUUGCCGUGAUGUUGUUAAAGAAGUUGCAAAAAUAAUCUACAUAGUCCAUGAUGAAGUAAAAGACAAAGCUUUUGAACUUGAACUCAGUUGGGUUGGAGAAAUAACCAAGGGAAAACAUGAAAUUGUCCCGAAAGACAUUAAGGAAGAAGCAGAGAAAUACGCUAAGGAAUCUCUGAAAGAAGAAGAUGAAUCAGAUGAUGAAAAUAUGUAGGACAUUGCUACUUUAAAGCAAAUGUUUUAAUCUAUACCACAGGCCUGUGUAUGUAUUUGCUAUGAUGUAUGUGCUGGAAGACUAUUUUGAGUGACCAACUUGCACUAAAAAAUUUUUCCAAUUACUGUUUAUAUUUGAGUAUCAAUUAUUUGUCCAAAGGCUAGGACAAUGGGAGUAAGGGAUUGAUGGAGGAGCCUAAUGAAAACAGGAAGAUAUACCUGGCUAGGAGCCAAAUAAAUUUUGUGCAGUGAUGGCGACUUGCAGCUUGUCUUGAAAUGCCACAACUGUAUUUUCCCUCCUCAGUGCUACAUAGCAAACCCUUUUGAAAUUUCCAAAAGCAAAUUGGUUGUUACAUGGGUGGUGGUGUGGAGAAAGUAUGUUGUUGAAGGAAAACACAUUGGGCACCCUGAUGUAGCAUGCUAGAUUGCACCCAUUACUCAGAGAACUACACUCCUCAGCCUUCUUGAAUCCAGGCCUUAAAGAAAUGGUAAAAAAAAAACUUGCUCCCUCCGGUCAGAAGGUAGCAGCCCAGAUACCUGGUCAUACAAAGAAUAUCAGGGCUGUAUCCCAUCAUUGGACAAGCUUAUGAUUCAACCUCCCUACCUAGCAGUCCAAUUUUCCUGUUGUCUGGAUUGUAUUAUAGUAGAUAUGAUUACUGCUGCUGUGAGAUUGCAAGUACUCAUGCAGCAUGUAAGAAGCUUGUAUAAAGCAUGAACAAUAUGUAUCUGUCUGAAAAGUCACACUUGCUAUAUGGUAAGAUGUCACACUCAAGCUUUAUCUUUCCUCUUCCAAUUCAGGUGGGAUGGCUUGAGGGCAAAUAGUGAGCCUGAAGCUUGGUCAUGCUUGAAUAGAAGGGAUCUGACUAAUGCUGUUGGGUGUUGAUUUCUGGCUUCAUGUAACAGAGUGGUGGUUGUGAAAACGUAAUCUGAGCCCUGGUUGAAAGAAGAAAAUUGUUGCAGUAUUUUGUGUAGUGCUGUGCUUUAGUGUGGUGAUCACUUUCAACUAAUUUUUGCAGUAGCUGGAAAAUGCUAUGAUUUUACAGUGAGAUUUUCACACCAGAUUCUUGAGAGAAACCAGAACUUUGUGCUCAGAUGAGAUUGCUGUUGUUCAAAAACUACUUAACUUUCCAAUUUAUUACACUCAUUUAGAUGGCAAUGCUUAAACAAAAUUUCUAGUAUGAAAAAAAAUUAAUUUUUUUACCUGAGAACCCUCCAGGGCAAAUUUGGGGGAAGCCUAUUAGUGGGAGGCCUAGCAUUUCCUGUCCAGAAAGUUGUUUUCAGCUCAUAGUUAGCAGAUUAAGCCACCAUUUCACCCACUCGCCCACUUUUGCUUAACACCCACACAAAAUACAAAAGCUUGCUCACUAUUUUGUGACAAUCUUGGCAUUCAUGAAUAUUUCAGAUACUUUGUCAAUUGCUUACACUGACCAUAGAUGCAGGUGGUCCAGCAGCCAGCCACAUGCCUUUGAGGCCAUAAGUGGGGCAUGGGAUGCUACGUAUCUCCUCAUGUUCUCCAUCUACUUUGUCUACAGUCAAAGCCAACUUGUGUACUCAGCUGCCCCUGUGAAUAACAGGGUUAUUUUAACAUUCUCUCCCACAGCAGCUUUCUGCCAUCAUUUACAUAAAUCAGUACAGUGGAACCUCGGUUUAUGAACACUGUUUAUGAACGCCGCGGACCCGUCUGGAACGGAUUAAAUCACUUUCCAUUACUUUCAAUGGGAAAGUUUGCUUCAGUUUAUGAACAGACUUCCGGAACCAAUUACACCCAUGCUUCGGGUUAAGUACGCUUCCGGUUGAGUACUCUGCGGACCCACCUGGAACGGAUUAAUCCACUUUCCAUUACUUUCAAUGGGAAAGCUCACUUCAGUUUAAGUACUCCGCGGACCAUCUGGAACAGAUUAAUCCACUUUCCAUUGUACUUUCAAUGGGAAAGCUCGCUUCAGUUUAUGAAGAGACUUCCAGAACCAAUUGUGUUCAUAAACCGAGGUACCACUGUACAUGGACUGGAGCAUGUCUUACAUGAUCCUGCUUAUUUUUGAAUAAUUUAGUAUUGACAUUCUUGAAUGAGCACUAGUUUUGAAGGAGCUGCCAGUGGUGAGAUAUUUUUGCCUACUUUCCUACAAAAAAAGUAAGGUGAAAGGAAAUAUUUUCACCAAUUAAGAGUUAUCAUACUUCUACCUAUGAAUUUGAUACAAUCACGAUUGCAGCUUCCUACUGGGAAGAUGCUGAACCACACAAUAUUUAUUAAUGAUAAUUCAGCUGACCAGUGGCACUGUCACUUGACUCACUACUACUUCCUGUUCCUAAAAAAAAGGUUUCUCAGUGUAUUUACAGUCCUGUACUCAAGACCAUGUUUCCAGUUUCUCGUCAGUCAUCCCCAAACCACAGCCCUGCUUACGUCAUAAAUUAGUGUGACUAAGCAGGAUGCAAACAAGCACUGUGUGAUUCACAGCACAAUGAACUUUAUAUAUGUGCUACAGAUAAUUUGUACGUAAAGAGAAGAGUUAUUAUGUGCAAUCCAGCAGGUAUGAGAAACCUCUUUACAAAUGUAGGGGAAGCUUCUACUUCUGUGAAUGGGGAACCUUCACCCCAAGAUCCCACAUUCACUCAAGUGCAGGAGACACAUUCUGGUAGUAGAGAUCAGCAGUAAAAUAGUUGCAGCAAUAGAUGGGACUCUUAGCUAUAUUCCUUACACACAGCCAGACAAUAAGAAGCAUCAGCACAAUUCAGUGAUACCUUCCAAACAGGCAAAAGCUGAGCAGGGCCAGUGAA